AGCAGAGGGUGACUUUUCACAAGUCUCAAAGGAAUAGGGUACAUGUAUAAUCCAGUACAUGUUCUGAACCAUUUCUCUUGGUUCUGGCCAAACCAGGCACUUGUGAAACCUGCCAAAACAGAAGCUUGCUCUCUAGAGGCCAGUGCCUACAGCCUUCACAAAUCAGAGCUGAGGAGUGUCAGGAGCUGGUGUGUGUGACCUGCUGUAGACUAUUAGUUCACCCGCAAAUUCAUCUUUAAGGGAAUGAAUAAUCAAUACAUUCGCCGAGAAGUCUUUUGCUGUGAAACUUGUCAUGAGCUCAAAAGCUUCUGGGAAAAAGAAAUUAGCAAGCAGACUUGCUAUCGGGAACUGGAAGAAGAUCGUCAGGAGAGGAGUGCCCUGAGAAGACUCAGAGAAGAAUGGAAACAGAGACUGGAGAAAAGGCUGAGGAUGCUGGACAACCCAGAUGAGAAAGAAAAGCAGGCAAACACCAUGGGCUGAGAGCGUCCUGCCCACUAGACUUCAAAGAUAACAAGCCACCAAGGACACUCUUCUAAGAGAAAAGACUAGCACACAAGUUAUGCUGAUUUACUAGGCAGCAACACUAUUUGUUCUUCCAUUUGUAAGGGGAUUUACAUCUGAAACCUCCCCCAGUGCUAAUGGCAGUCAUUAUCCUACUCAAUCCUCUCUGCACAGGGAACAGGAUGGCUGCCAAUAGGAUAUGAGACUCAGUUCAUAAUAUAAAAAGCUCUUGGAAUUAGCACUCCCCAGGUUUCAAAGAUCCAUGUAGUGCAAUUUGUUUCCACAUCUUCUUUUCAUUGUGAAAUUGGAUGUUUUAUCUAAGCUUAACAAGGGCAAUGACCUUGAUGAAAAUCUGGCUUCCCUACCUUCCAGAGAAACAAACUUAUAUAGUGUCCUUUUUUUCCCCCUGUCCUUUCUUUUUUCCUGAAAGUUAAAAUGCAACUACUUAUAGAAGUAAAAGACACUAUUAUAUUAUGAAUUUAUUCAUAAUGUGGUUUGAAAAUGAAAUGAACUUUUUUUCUCUUUAUCUGAGUUGCUUUUCUCAUCAACAUGUUUAAGUAGAAA